AUGGCUCAUCUGGUGGUGCCUGACAACGUGCUCCCGGUGCUGAAAGUGGUGCCAUCUUGCAGGCGAGAAGCCAGCAGGUGGCGGCAGAGAGACAGGAGUGGUCCACAGAAGAGCCCAGCUCAGAGCCGAGCCGCGCGAACCCACCGAGCCCGCGCUCAGAAGCUAGAUCUCCCACCGACAGGCCGCUGUCUUCGGAAGGCUGCUGGGUCCUUCCUCUCUCCUAAGUGCAGGCAGAGCCCACCUGGAGCUAUGGCCAGCUCUUCCGGCAGCCCCGAGGACACGGGCAAGCUCAGAGGCAGGGAUGGCCGGCAGAGGCGGGAGGAGGAGGAUGCCCCUCCGGAGGAGAAGAGGUUGAGGCUGGGGCUGGAAGGAGGAAGCGUAGCGAAGGAGGAAGGAGAAGACGCGCCACGACUGGGCAGGGAAGAGACCGGCAUCCAGACAGGUGUUGAAGACAGAGGUGAUCUACUGUCCCUGCCAUACAGCCUGGUCGAGGGUGAGGACUACUCAUCUGAAAAUUCAGCCCUCCUCUCCAGUGCCAAGAACAGUCCACAAGACUCAGUUUCGGCAAGCCUGGCUGCCAACAAAUCUGAGGUAGGAAAUGUGGCUUUGCUGUCCCUUUGGAGGACAUUUUGA